AUGUCGCGACCAACAUCAUUCUUUCGCUCGUCGAAUCGUAACAGUGGCAUCUUCUCCUCCCAUCGUCGAGUCCCAUCAUAUGCAGAGCCGGAUCCCAGUACCCCACCUCUGGCACCGCGAGAACCCACUCUGACGGUUCAUCGCAACCCCAGCGAUUCAUCCUCCAAUUCCGACAGCAUGCCCUCCUCCUCGGCCCACGCCUUGCGAGGAAUGGCAAGAUUGGAAAAACGCCGGACCAUGGAAGAAAAGAAUUUCCUCCAGUCCAAAGCCCGCGCUCAGAAUCUCAAUCCUCCGGUUGAUCUUCGAUUACUGGACUACUUGGCACCCUACGACGAGAAUCUCAUGUGUCCCAUUUGUCGAUGCCCUUUUGUCGAUCCCGUCGUUCUCACAGAGUGUGAUCACUGUUUCUGCCGGGAGUGCAUUCGCCAAACUUGGACCACAUCCACACAAUACAAUCCUCUUGGUCCUCGAGGAGACUGUCCAACUUGUCGAACGCCAGCCAAACUCGGCCCUCGAAGUGCGACAAGCAAAAUCCUCGUCAACAUACUCGACGAUCUCAAAGUCAAAUGUCCUAAAUCGCACGAAGGAUGUCCAGCAGAGGUCAAACGCGGAGAGGUCCAGGAUCACAUGACAAUCUACUGCGGCUUCGCUCUGGUGGAAUGUUUAGCCUUUGACUGUGAGCUCGCAGUGCGAAGGAAAGACGCUUCGCAAGGUUGUCUGCAUUACGGCGUCAGUUGCUUGUCCUGCAAAGAGGAAAUGCAGAAAUGUGAUCUGGAAGCGCAUUGGAGGAGACAAUGUCCCGACCGUCUGGUCGCAUGCAAGCUUUGCAAAGAAGAGGUAUUUUACCGGGAUUUCGGGGAGCACAGCACCCAGCUCUGUUCGGCCAUCAGCAUCMCCUGUGCCGGAAGCGCUUUGGGCUGCAUUUUCAAGGGCAAGAGAUCGCGUGCAGAAGAUCAUGCGAAGACUUGCACUUUUGCACUCUUAGCGCCUGUGAUUGCCGCACAGACGGACAGAUUGGAAGUGCAGGAACAAGCUCAAAAACAAAUGAGUCGGAAGUUGGAAGUGCUCGAAAAUGGGUUUGGAGCGAUGCAGAGCAUUCUCUAUCCUAAGAUCGAAGAGGACCCUGCCCCAACAAGGCGGAACGCUGGAUCUUCCACUGCUCAUCAUGAUCUGGUCUCUCCAAUCGAACCCUCAAGGAACAACAACGACACUGAAGACUUCCCACCUUUCACUCUAGAUUUCGACGAUGACCGCUCCGCUUCUUUCCCACCACCAACCACAAACGAAGGACCCUACGUCAGCCCUCUACAUCACCUCCUCUCAAUGCAUGAGAAUCUCCGCGACGAACUCGCACGCAUGUCUGCCGCGAUGCAAGAACUGGAUGGUAGAACGCAAAUGCAGAUCUUGAAUGAGAAUCUGAGGACUCGAGAAGCCAUGGGACAUUUGGGUGCGCAAGUUGGUGGCAUGCAGAGGCAGGUUCAUUGGUUGACGAGUGCGAGAUUGCAGAGGRGAGAGGAUGGUGGAGGUACUGCUGCUGAGGUGGUUGGAGAGGCUGCAAGGGUGUUGGAGGGGAUUGUGGGGAGUAGUGGCAUGAGGAGGAGGGCUAGUGAGGAGGGGAGGACGAAGUUGUGA